GAAUUUAUAGUCAUCAUUUGCUCCUGUUAAAAAGGCCUACGAAAGGAAAAGUUUUGGAGAGAUAUGGACGAUCAGAACCACACAACAAGUUUUACGUUGGAGAUAAAUAACUUUCCCGGGAAGGAAACUGUGAUAUCACCAAACUUCUUAAGCGGCGGCUGCGAAUGGUACCUUAACGUACGUUUUCCCAAAAGAGAUCGUAUUAAUGAUCACAUGUAUAUGUACCUCUACGUCGGAAAUCCUGAUUCACUGCGACUUGGAUGGAAAAUACGAGCUAGUUAUUCCUUCCUUGUGUUGAAUCAAUCACUUGAAGAGCUCCACAGAUGCGGUGGUGGAAGUGUGCCGAUUGUUCUGCGAUCACUUACGAGGAUGGGGUUGAUGGCUUCAGUGACUAAGCUUUUCCAUGAGCACCCGGACCUUGCCAAGAACUUGAGAGAAAAGGACCAAUUGGUGAAGGCAGCAUACAUGAACGACCUCCUCAGUCUCAUUGAGACACUGAACAAGCCUCCAUGUACCUUAUCCGUGACUGGGCUAAGCAAAUCUCUCAGGGAGUUGAUGUGGAAGAAAGCAAAUUUUGAUGGUACUCAACACGCCAAGAAUCUCAAAGCUGAAGAGAAUAAGGAGAAGGUCAAGACUGCUACUUGUGCUGCUAGAGAAGACUGGCUCGAGGGUGUUGUUCGCUCUUGGAAUGAGUGGAGAGUAAGAAUGAGUUUUGUU